CACGGUGCGACGCGCGCGGGCUGAGAGGACUGGAGUCCAUGGAGCCCCCAUCGUUUUCCACCAUCGGCCCCCGAGUCGUCAGAGCGGCCCCGGGCGGCGACGCCAGCCUCGUCCUCCCGCUGCCCUCCGGCUCACCACCUUUCCAUUUCGAAUGGAGUCGUGCGGGAGCAAAAUUAGAUGAUCGCUUCAAGUCGACGCACGGUGCAGGCGGCGUCCGCCUCACCAUCUCCACUGUAAGCACUGGAGACAGCGGCGUGUACACCCUGCAAGCUAGCAAUGCUGCCGGUAAAGAUACGACCCGGGUACAGCUGGAAGUUUCCCCGGAUGAAAAGCCAACUGGUGAAGAUCCGCCAACAUUUCUUAGGCGACUCCAAGACUUGACCGUUAAAGUUGGAACACGGACAAGGUUCCUUGUGGAAAUAGUCAGUUCUACAGAAUGCAGGGUGACUUGGUACCGCAACGAACGUCGGCUGUUAGAAGCGGAACGGAUUGCAUUGGUUCGCGACGGUAACUUCUGGUGCGCAGAUAUAUCUGCCGUGAGCGUGGAUGACGCCGGAAGAUGGACGUGCACCGCUGAGAAUGUCGGAGGCAGGGCUAGCUGUUCUGCACAUCUAAAUGUUUUAGUACCUAAAGCAUACAAACGUCCAGAGUUUGUUGAAGAGCUUCGGGCAUUAUUGACUGAACAGGGAACGGUGUCGCUCGAGUGUAAAGUGGUGGGGGUUCCGACCCCAGUACUGCGUUGGUUUAAGGAUAGUCGCGAAAUCAAAGCCGGUGACGUUUUUGCUUUAACUGCAAAUGCGGAAGACCCAACGUCACUCGGGACAUACACAUGUGAAGCCGUGAACUGUAUGGGCAGAGCGUAUUCUUCAUCAAAAGUACACGUCAUCGGACGCUCCAGUAGAGAGAGUUCUGCUCGGCCAACUUCUGGGGGCAUUGCACUCGAACCACCUCCGAUUUUCACUAAAGAAUUAGAGGACCAGUUCGUGAGGAUCUGUGAGCCUCUGACACUCAGCUGCCAUAUCGUAGUGCCGCCGUGGCCUCGGAGCAUUGUUUGGUACAAUAAAGAAGGGAAAAUUGAACCUAGUGAAAAGUAUCGUGUUCUAGAAGAUGGAGUAGGGGGGUAUUUACUAGAGGUUCCUUCAGCAGAGUGGCCCGACGAGGGUGAAUGGAAAUGUGUAGCAACUAGCUCAGGAGGCAGAAUUGGCAUUACCACUUGCUAUGUCUCUAUGGAUGUCCCAAAGAAUUACCGCAAGCCACGAUUUAUGGAAAAUCUUCAAGCUGUUUUAACUGAAGAAGGACUUGUGUCGUUUGAAUGCAAGGUUGUCGGGUUUCCGACACCAGUACUAAGCUGGUUCAAGGAUGGCCAGGAAUUAAAACCUGGUGACGUAUAUCAGCUCACGGGCACAAAUUCACUAGGUUCUUAUUGCUGUAUAGCAAGAAAUUGUAUGGGACAAGCUAGCAGCUCUGCAGAACUAACAGUGGAAGAUAUUCAAAAUCAGCUUAAUGAAGAGGAAAAGUUGCAAUUAUUCUCGAAAAAUCAAGCCCCUAAAUUCCUGCAGGGUUUGAAGAGUGUUGAGGCUAAAAUAGAUGAACCAUUCCGUUUUACUAUUAAAGUUGCCAUUCCGCCUGAACCAACAGUAUUAUGGUAUCGUGACGAUCAACCGGUGGACGAAUCGUCUCGUUGUCACCAUGGAAAAGAAGAACGUGGUGUCUUCUUUCUGGAUAUUCAAAGCUUGGAAUUUAUGGACCAAGCUGAGUGGAAGUGCGUUGCUAUGAAUGACUUUGGACAUAGUGAAACUUCUUGUUUCUUAAAACUUAUCAUACCGCGACAUUUUAAAAAGCCACGGUUCCUAGAAAAUCUUCAAGCUAUUUUAUCUGACGAAGGAGCUGUGAAUUUAGAGUGCAAAGUUAUUGGUGUACCGCAGCCAGUACUAAAAUGGUACAAGGACGGGGAAGAACUAAAACCAGGAGAUAUACACAGAAUAAUUUCUGGCCAAGACGGAACCUGUUGUCUAGGAACAUACACAUGUGAAGCCCAAAAUUGUAUGGGUAUUGCAGCUAGCUCUGCAUCUUUGCUUGGCUUUGAAGAUUCUAUGAAAACAAAGAAUAAGAAGAAAGUUGAUGAACAAACCUUACAAAGAAAUUUAUCACUCAGCACUAUACAUGAAGAAAGAACUUCGCAGAUGUACGACACUCCUAUUGGGGAUAUUACUUUGGAUGACAAAGGGGAAAUUUCGUUUUCAUUUGAUGGAAAGGAAGUCUCUGUAUCACUGUAUGAAACUCCCGAUUUAACAGAAGAAGAAGCUCUACAAAUAGUUGAAAUGUAUGCGGAUCAACUAUCAGAAAAUGUUAGUGAGCACAAUGUGGUUGAGCUUCCUCCAUUACGAUUUGUUAAGGAAACUUCAACUUCAGGUAAUUUAUUAAUGGAAGCGAUAAUUAUUGAUGUUUCUCCUGAAUACUUUACGUCUCCAGAAGAAGAUUUAAGAACUGAAGCUGAUAUAGAAGAUAUUUCUAUUGCUGACGAAAAUGGUCUACCACACUUAUCUCUAGAUCAGGAAAUAGAUGGUGACGAUUACUUAGAAAAAACCAUGGCACGACUGUCUGAUGAAAAAGCUGAUUUUCCUAAAAAAACAGAUAGGAAGAAAUCAGAUUCACAAAAAAGUGUCGAUGAUUACUUUAGUUUAUCACGAGAUCAGUCUCUAUCUGAAGAAAAACGGGAUGACGAUACUCAAGCUCUAUCUGAAAGUGAUUUACAAAGUUUUGCCAGUGCUCGCAGUUCUGGAAAAGUGAAGUCCAAAUCUUCAAAACCUUCUAUUGAAGAUGGCCAAGAGUCUUCAGAUGUGACAAAAACAGUUUUGCUGAAAGAAGAUUUACAGACCUUGCGUAAACAAAAUGAAAUAGAGUUAGGUAUGAAAAAUAUACGAGAACGAGAGCGGCGGAGUCGAAGUUCUAGAAGAUCCAGUUCUAGUAGCGAAAAAUCAUUAAACAAAAAUAAAGAAGAAAUUUUAGACAGUAAUUUUGCAAAUGUACUGGUUGAGCCUACUUUUGAUCAAGAAAAAACUAAUGCAGCAAUAAAUACUAUAUGUUCCACUUUAACAAACUUAAUAAAUGAUGUACAAAUGAUUGAACGAGAUAUUAUACUCAAAUCCGAACUAAUGUCAACAGCCGCUACAGCAACACAAAGUUUAGAGAUCAUUAAUAGUAUUAUAACUCCAUUGUCUGAAAUACAUAGUAUUGCAGAAGCCAUCAAAGAAACAGUAAAGGAAUCUCUUGAAGUUAAAGCAUCAUUAUUUAAUAGACUUCCACAAUCUUUAAGUAUACUUCAUCAGAGCUUAACGAUCAUAGAAAAGUGCAUUGAUUUAGAAAGUGAAAAUAAAACAUUAGUGAAGAAGACAUGUACAAAUAUUAUUGAGAAAUGUGCUGAUGAACUAAAUAAGUUAGUUAAUGAUAUAAGUUCAAUAGUGAACGUAGACAGUUUAUUUCUGGAAGACACUUGCGUUUCUUCUAUACAUACUACGAACUGUGAAAUUCUUAAUACAAUCACGUAUUCGGUGGCUGCAAUUAAGGAAAAUAAAAAAGUCUCCGAUAAAAUAGACACAAGCCUUGAUGAGAUGACACCAGAAUUAAAACACUUACAAAAAACUCAAAAAGCUGUCUAUGAGUUAAGGAAUCCACUCAAGUCACUACUACAUAUAACUGAAGCGGUAGAUAUUUCAAGUUUCAUAAGUGCAGAACAUAUUAGUAACACUCAAAUUAUUCUCAAUGAUAUGUCGACACCUAUUCAAGAAUUACAAAGUGCUUUGGAACAAAUCGAGUUUCUUUCAGUAACAGAAACACAAUCAAGUUUGCAAAAAUACAACACUGAAAUUAUGGAGACUGUUAUGGACUCUGUGAUAAAACUACGAACAUCAUUCGAACAAAUAUCUGAAGAUGUUGGAACAGCGGAAAAUGUAGACAUAUUGGAAAAAGUUUUAGUUGGUGUAAAACAUAACAUUAAUGAAAUUUCUGCUCAUUUAGAUAUGGUUGAAGCAAAAAUAGGUUCAUUUGAUGUAUUGAGUAGUGAAAAUAAACUAGAAGCUCUACAGAAAAUGGCUCAAAUUUUGAUUAAUUUAGAAAAUAAUUUAGUGUUAUUUGAUGUAGUUCCAUGUUUAAAAAUUCACAUGGCCGACUUUCACAAAAAUUUAACUAAAGUACUAGAACAUGUUAUUGAGAGUAAUGAAGCAAAAAAAUAUUUUACCUUUUUGGAAAUCUGUGAUGGUGUUAGUAAGCUUAAUGCUCUUAUAAAGAAUAUGGAUUCGAAUGAAAUAUUAUCGCUGGCUGGCAUCAGUAAUAAUCUUAAAAUUAUUCAAGCAAAUAUAAAAAAAAAUGAAUUUACAGCAGAUCUAAACUUUUCUAUUUUAUCAAAUAUAAACAACUUGUUAGUUAAUAUACAUGAAACGAUGAAUCAUGCAGAUAUAUCAACCUGUAGCAUGAUUUCAGAAAAUUUAGAAGAUUUGUCUAUCAGACAUUUCGAAGAAGGAAAAUUAAACAUUGUUUUGGAACAGAUAGAUAAAGCUAUAAGUACAAUUAGUAAUGUAGUAUCCUUAGAAACUACAAAAGAUUUAGACAUAAAACAAGCUUUAAAUAAAAUUAUUCCUACACUUGAAGAAAUCAGAUGCUGUGUUGCUUCAUUAAAUGUAAAUGUAAAUGAACAAGACGAAAAUAUUUCUGAUAUGAGUAACUUUACCUUUACACAAGCAGUUGCUAAUCCACUUUGUGAAUUAAAUAUUGGUAUUAGUGUGCUUAAUCAGAUAAUUUGUGAAAAAACAUUAGAUCGUUGUGAAAACGAGCUAAAAGUGGAAUUGGUGACACCAUUAUUAGAACUACAUAAUGCUUUAGAAGUUUUACAACAAGAUGUGAUAUCACAAAACAGUGAAAAUAUAAAUAAUCUUAGCAUUAUUAGUAGUGUAGCAAAUGCUGUACAAAGCAUUCAGAGUUGCAUAUUAAUGAUUCAAGAACCGCAUUUGUUAGAAAAUGCAGAUGAAUUAUCCACGUUAGAUGAUAUUUCCGCAAUUAAAACAUCUGCAGAAAUACUAUCCUGUGAUCAUUUGUUAACGCCCACUGUACAUGAAAUGCCUACUGAAAUAGAUACGCAAGUGGCUACUGAAUUUGAGACGCAAAUUAUGCAAUCUGUUUCGGCUAAAAUUUUAAGUAACUUAAAUGACCACAUUUCAAUGUUACAAAAGCCUGAAAUAAUGGAAAUACUAGAUGACUUGUCUAAAUAUGAUGAACAUUCUAGUAUAAAGUCAAUUACUACAGGAAUUAGUACAAUACAUUUUGCAAUAGAAGAAAUUUUACAUCCUGUUAUAUUAGAAGAGUCCCAAGAGCUAUCUAAUUUCAUCAAUCCGAUUCACCUUUCAGUAAUAAUGCAGCCAGUACAAGAACUUUACAAAUGUUUAUCGGUUCUCGAUAAAAACAAUAUGCCAAUUGAAAGCGCAUUAAAAAAGGACCAAGCAAAAUUCUUGUCGCAAUAUUUAUCAAAGCUUGAAGACUGCCUACGUGAAACUAUAGAUUGUUUACAUGUUGCAAUUGAAACAGCGGAUAUUACUUUAGAGAUAUCGACUCAAAUAGACAAAUUGCGAAAAUCGUGUGUAGAAUUAAAAAAAUAUCUGGACACAGCUAAAAUUGAUGCUAUUGUUGAAAGUUCAGAAUUCAUUAUUUUAGAAAAUAGUUUGACCACAAUCUUAAAUACAACCGAUUGCUCCCAAGAAAUAAAUAUCGCCAGAGUAAAGCUCGCUCUCGAAAAAUUGCAACAGACUAUAGUAUUGGCUAAAGAUGAAAUAUUGGGAUUUACAGUAGAAAAUCCUGUGGUCUUACAUCAUGAAACUAAGGUUUUAAAGUCAGUUGUGGAUAUUGAAAACACUAUUGCGUCGUUAGCACAACUCCAAUUUGUCGACAUAGGGCAAGUCUCCGAUUUUGACUCCGGUGUCUCCCAACAAGUAGACAAAGAAGUAAACUGUGAUCAACUAAAUAAGAUAGAGAAUAUUGUUGAAACAAUUAAAAAUUGUAUUCAACAGCUACCUCUCGACAUGCCAAAUAGUAAUAAUUUAAUAUCUGCGAAGAACUUUGUUGCAACAUUCAAUGAUGAAAUAACUUUAUUGUGUUGCUUAUUCAAUCAAAAGCCUACAGCUAAACAAAUGGUUAAAAUGUUGCAGUUAUUUUAUGACCUAUUCCAAAAUUUAAAACAAUUCCAGUUACAUCAAGAGGAACCUUAUACGGUCUCAGAAGAAUUUAAUGGAUGGAUGGCUACGUUGGAAGAAUGUUUAAACAAUAUUCAAGCAUUACUUCUUGAGCUAUUAGAGAGUCAACAUAAAUUAGUUUUUGAUAUUCCGAUCUCAAAUAUUAGAAAUGAAGAAACAACUUUAAAUAAAUUACUAGAAUCCAGUGAAUUUGCAAAUUCACAUCAUUUUGUGAAAUUGUUAUUAAACACUAUCGAAUCAAUUAAACCUUGGUUUGAAAAUAUACACGCUGAUGUUGUCAAAGAGUUGGAAUCAUGUAACUUUAAUUUAAAUGUCAAUGAUGAUGCAGAUAAAAAUUUUGCUAUACUUUCUGAAUAUUUGUCUGAAAUAAUAGAAAUUAAAGACGUUAAAAAUGAACUAGAUAUUGAAGGCAUAUUUAAAGUGAUUCAAAAACAUGCAUAUUACAAAAACAUUAGAGGUACCGGAAAGAAAAUUAUUUUUAUAAAAUGUAUCUCUGACUGUUUAGAUGUAUUAAAACAAACUUUGGGUGUGGUAAAGACUAGUCAAGAGAGAGAAAUUGUUGUGAAUUUGGAAACUACGCCAGACGCAUAUGAAUUGAAAAAACUCUUAACGGAAUUAUCUGGACCCAUUGAAAUUUUAUAUGAAACAAUAAUGCACAUAUGUGAUGAAAAUUUACAAAUUACUGACAAAAGCAUCAUUUUGAAACAUUUAGAGUUACUUGAAUCUCAAGCAAAAGCUAUCAAUGAAGCUAAGGUAGCUGAAAAAUUAUUGAAAUUUAAAGACCUGUCCGUAGAUCCUUUUGCAGACUUUUCUACAGUAAAUUUAGCAAAAGACAUUGUCAGUAAAAUACGUUGUAUGCAAAAUAGAUUAGAAAAUCUGGAAAGCGCAUUCUCUGUUGAUUUGAUUAUGAACAUUCAACCUAUCAAAGAAAUAGAAAAAAAUCUAAAUACCUUAUUUGCAGACAACAAAGUUGUGAACGAGGAAAAGAGCCAGUUUAAGGACAAAUCGGACUCACUUCUACAACAUAUGGAGCAAUAUAUCGAGAUUAUAGAAAUUGUAGAAGAGGUAUCUGCAGUUAUAAAAUUGGAUGACUUUAAAAAGUCAGCCAAUAUAGUGCGUGAACUGCGAGAAAGUAUAACGUCAGAAACAUCUCCUGAUAUAAACUUGGCUGGUUCAGAACUCAGUAUUAAAGAAGAACAGGUACAACUGGCCCAAAACUUGCAAAAGGCUUUAACAACAUUGCAAAUUGAUGCUUUGGACUCUGAACAAGAGUUAGCACCACUUAUAAAUGACGAUAUACGACAUCAAAUUAUUGAAGUGAUCUCUGAUUUACAAAAUGAUUUAGUCGCACUGACUAGCAUUGAUGUUGCUCUAGAAAAUUCAGAAUUGUCAGAAAUUGAUAAGCAAAUGAAACAACAGUGUAUAAUGUCGACUCACGAAGAAGAAGGCGUUGGAAGUGUAGUCGAAGAGAUUAAACAUGGACAAUAUGCUAUAAAGAAUUCGGAAGAAAAUCUGGAAGAGACACUUAAUGUUAUUAGUACAGAUUUAGUCACUCAGUGUGAUUCUCCGUUAAUUUUAGACAUUGAAGAAGCUCAGCAUAAAACUGAGAGUUCUAAUACUUCAAGUCUUGAUAUUUGUGACCAAAAACAACCAUUAGAGCUAAAAUCUGACAUUGAUCCCUUACAUUUAAAGAUGCCAGAUUUAUCAGAGAUGAAGUUUGAUGCAAUUAAAGAUACACUCAGAAAGGAUAUCAAUGACUAUUUACGUCAAGAUACCGUCGAUGAUAUUAAAAAGUUACUGCCAUCUGAAAGUUUCGAGCAGCUUGAACAGUCUCUACAAAUUGCAGUAGAAGUACAUAAUAACGCUAUACUAGAAGAUAGUAGUUCUCCUGGUCAACAGGCAUUUUUAAAAAAACAAUUGGAGUUAGUCUUGACACUACAAGAAGUAAUUUCAGCAAUUUAUAGCAAAAACCUUUGUGAUGUGAAUGAAAAGAUUGUACAAAAUUCAUUGCAAACAGCAAAAUCGGUCGUACAGAAUCUACUUGAUUCAGUUCAAAUAUAUAUAGCCUUAAUAAAUACUAUAAUUGAGUCUGAGGGUGAAAUAGGUGAGAGUAAAACUUUAACAAAACAAACUUGUGAAGAAAAUGCAACCAAUUCCACAAUUAGUGACGAAAAUAUUUUCAUAAAUGACGACUUAGCAUUAGCUACUUUAAAUGAAAGACAAAGAUCUGAACACGAUUUUACAGUUGUUGAAGAGGACAAUAAUUUUAACGACGUAAAUGCGUUGCCUGAAGAUAUGUAUAAGACUAGAAUUGUGGGAAAUGAAAAUGUUAAUGACGAAUUUAAUAUAGAGAGUGCAACAACUAUAAAAGUUAUAUUGGAAGACCAGAAGCUUGAUGAUAAAGCACUUGAAUUGGAGCUAACUGAACACGAAGGUUCGUCUUCAAAAGAUUCUAAGUCACCUAAUUUCAUGGCAACUAUUGAAAAUAUAACAGAUAUAAAUAUUGCCGAUUCAAUUAAUGUUCAAGAAGAGUCUAUUGACACAAAUAACAAAAAGAAAACAGUGGGUGAAAUAAAUAAUAAAUCUAGUUUAAACGAAGAAAAUAUAUUGAUGGAUAGUAACGGAUUGAGUGUCAUUGAAAUCAAAACUUCGGUACAAGAUGAAAUAAUCCCAGGUAGUGAAGAUACAUAUACGGAUAAAGAAAAAUCGAAUGCUGUGCUUCAGUUAGAGACUUUAUUACAAGAAGCUAACGAAACAGUUUAUUUAUCGGAAGAUUAUCCUAUUAUUCAAAAUUCUGAAGAGCUGCAAGACAUACUUGAAGAAGUACAGACUGUAAUAUUAAAAUUAAAAUGUGACUUUGAUGGCUCAAGGAAUGAAAUUCUGAACGAAAAUAUUGAAGAUUUAGAGUGUAACGUAAGAAGCGUACAGCUUCAAAUAAAUGAAAAUUGUCCACCAGCCCUGUUGAAGGAAGCUUGUGCGAACUUGCAAACUCUUGCAAAUUCUAUAAGUAACAUUCACAAUACACAAAAUACCUUUUCAAAAGAAAAUAACGCACUUUCUGUUUGUAUAAAUGAAGCUGAGCAGGUCAUAGAAAUACUAGAAGAAGUAUCUUGUUCGAAGGUUGAUACUAACUUAGAUAAUAUAAUUUUAAACCUCAAUGAUAUAAAAGGUACUAUGAAAUCUUUAAAAUCUUGUUUCAUGGAUAAUGCAGAAUCUUUGAUACUCAGAGGUAUUGAGGUACUACAAAAUUUAGAUCAUGUUGAAGAGAAAGUUUUUGCUUUAGAAAAAGAGUUAGAAGCAAAUAGCGAAAUUGAUGUGAAUUUUCGAGAUAGUAUAAUUGCAGCAACACAUUCUAUAUAUGGAAGUAUUUCAGAUAUGAGAGGUAACUUAUGCAGCAUACAAAAGAAAUAUAUGUAUGAUAAUUACGGACAGCCAUCAAUAAACUUUUUAAAAUCAAUAAAAAAUGUAAAUCUAAUAUUAAAUUAUGAUAAAAAUGACGAUUGGAAGAAGUUUGCAAAAUCACUUCGCAAAGUUUUAAAUCAUUUUGAAGAUGUUAAGUUCUAUAUAAAUUUUGACAAAACAGCUCGAUUACCCAGUGAUUCGGCUUUUACGAAAAUUCUUCUUGGUGAACUAAGUACCAUGCUGUCAAUAGUUUUGCAAAACACAAAAGAUUUAGAUAAUAGUCUUACGGAUCGAGUCAAAGAGGCUCUAAAUUAUGUUAGCGAAACUCUUAACAAAAUGGAAAAUAGAACAACUUUAGAAGUAAAAGAAAAAAUACCAAUUUUUAAGAAAUUGUCAAUUAAAAUGUAUGACAUCACAGAAACAAUCAAAAUUAUCGUACAGACAAAUAUAGACAAUAUCAAUCAGCCUUCAGAAGCUAACGAGAAAUUAUCUAAAAAAGAAGAAAAUGUGAUAAAAAUAUCACAUGGUAGUGCAGAAAAUGAUGAAAGCACACUAAUAAAUAUUGUCAAUGCAGAGACUACAAACGUGAUAAAUUCUAUUAGUAUAGACAAUAAUGAAGUUCUUCUGAGUAAUAAAACUUUAGAAUCUUCACAAGAUGAAAGUGAAGAUGCCCAACAGCUAAGAGAACUUAAAAAAGAGAAAAAUAUUAUUAAAGAAUCAGAAAUUCAAAUGACUGGGUUAGACGAUAUAAAUCGAUUUGAAAAAAAAGAUAAUACAACGACUUUUAAAAAUCAAAAUGAAAAUGACGUAUCAACCUUGGAUUCAUGCGCUGAAAGUAUAGUUGUUAUACCAAAUGAUAAAGAGAUAAGAAAAUUGGAUCUAGAAAAAGAGCAAGAUAUCAAAAAAAGAAGUAUAGAUAUUCUUGAUGCACCAGAUAACUACGAGGCGAGUCAAAUAAUUCCAAAAGUAGAAGAAUAUAUCGUUGAUUAUGCCGGAGAAGUUCUUACCCCCUCUGAAUCAAAUGAUGUUGUCCAAUCACUGAAUAUAGAAGAAAUGAAGGAAGAUAAAAUUCAUAGCACCAUAGCUAAACAACUUAUUGCCGAAGACUCCAAAAGUUACUUUGCUGAACCUGAAAAACAGCAACAACAUGAUAAAAUUAUAUCCUUGGAUUCCUUACAGUAUGCCGAACAAAAAGAUUCUGAUAGUGAAGAAAACAUUGGAACAUUAAUAAAUGAAAAUACUGUGGAAAACUUAAAAGCAGUACAACAAAAUGAAGAAAAGGAGGAAGAUAUGAAUUUAAAGAUAAAAUCAAACAAAGUAGAUAGUACCGAAUCUAGUGUACAAAUUAUCAAAGAAGAUUUAUUGACUGAUUACGUAACUGACACUAAAAGUAACACAGGUGAUGCUAAAAUGGCAGAAAUUAAGAUACUUGAAGUUUCAGAGUUUUCAAAUACACAAGGAAAGGCAGAUGAAAAAGACGAACCUCAAAAAGAAAAUACCGAAAAUACUAUCACAGACAAUACCCCUUCCAAACCCAAAGAUCUUGAAACAAUUGUAAAAAAAGAAGAGGAGAUUCAAAGUAAGUUGCAACAAGUAACAAUUGACAUUGAAGAAGAUAUAUUGAUUGAAAAAAUGGCUGACACUAAUGGCAGUAGUAAAAUUAAGGAUAAAAUAGCAGAAACUCAGAUAGUUGAAGGAUCAGUAUUUCCAGAUUCACAAAGUAGGGCAGAAAUGAAAUAUGACUCUACAAAAGAAAAAAGCGAAAGCAAUAUACUAAAUGUCGGUCCAUCUGAAUCUAUAGAUAUGAACAUAAUUAAAGAGGAAGAAGAGGAAAUCCAAGGUAAUUUGCAAGAAGUGGAAAUCAAAGAGUCAGAAAUAAAUAGUGAGAAAAUAUUGAAAAGUGAAGAAAAUGAAAAAGAAACUGUUGUCACAACAGGACUACAAAUUGAUAUUGUGAAAAAUGGACAAACAUCACAAGAAGACAUUAGCUCUAAAGAAUAUGACAAAACCACUCCAUCAACAAGUUCAGAAGAGCUAAUCAAAGAUAAACCAAAAGAAGAAUAUAAUGUAACAGAACCAAAUAUAACAGAACUGAAGAAAAUACCUAUAUCAAUACAGGAAGUAAAAACGGUAGAAAUAGCACAAAAUUUAAAGACUGAAGAUAAAAAUAAAAUAAUUUCUCAAAAACCACAACAAGCUGAAGAAAGUUGUAUAAUAGAAGCUGAAAACACAGACAGAAAGCUUGAAGACAAUACAAAGGAAAUUGCUGAAGAAGCAAUUUUGAUAGUAAAUGAUCAACACUCUAAAAGUGAAUCACCAAAGAUCAUAAUGAAUAAUGAGAACUCAAUAACAGAAGAAAAAACAGAUAAGGCUGAAAUUAUCAUGGAGGUUUGUGGAUCUCAAGAUUUGCUUUAUGAAAGCAUGACAACAGAUAUGGAAAUAGAAAAAGAAGAUGAAACCCAGUUAUUUAGUGCUUCCGAUAAAUCCAGAUGCAAAAUGAACGAAGAAGAGUGUCAAGAAAAGCAGUCAAAUCAAAGUGUACUUAUUAAUAAUAAUGAGGAAAACCUCCAAGAUAAGGCAAAAAAGAAUGAAUGUAAACCUGAAACCAUAUUAUUGGAAGAGAUUGAGUCAAAACAACACAUAGUAAAGCUUGACGUCGAUGAACAUCUUGAUAUUGAAAGGAGUAAAGGAGAGAUUUCAUCUAAGGAUGUCAUAGAUUCUAAUAUAAGCACAUUACUCGAAAAACAAAGUGAUUCAAAAGAUGUGGAAACUAAAGAAGAAAAUGAAUGUGUAAAAAAACAUUUCAGUGACAAAACAGAUAAGACUGAACCAAAAAUCAAAACAGAAUCUGAGAAUUCUGAUAUUCAAGUAACUUUAUCAAAUGUAGAACUGCAGCAAGAAACAGAUAGCAAAGUCUCUGAUGAGAAUAUGAAUGUUGAAAAAGAAAUAAAAGAUAUAGCUACGCCGAUACAAAAAUCAGAACCUAUUAAAAAAGAGCAGGAUCAACAUUUAGACACAAGUGAAAUUGCAGAAACACCAGAUGGCAUAUUGGAAAAACAAAAUGAAAAACCUAAAGCAAAAGUAAAAAAGACGAUUAAAGGUAAAAAUAAUGAAAAAAAGCAUCUCAAGAAACAGGAAGAGGUAGAAUUCCAAAGUAUCGAAAAGCCACAGAUAAGUCAAACAGAAAAUCUUGAAAAAAAAAUAAUUGAGAUGCAGGAAGAAAAUAAACUUAAUCAAUACUGUAAAAAUAUAAAAACAGAAGAAGAAAAUGAAAAUAAUGUUAAGCCAAUAGAAGACCUAAGGGAGCAACCCGUAGUUCAAAGUGAUAAAAACAAAGACCAAAUAAUAAAUCAACAGAUCGUACCCGAAGAAAUAUUGCCUAAGACAGACGAUAUAAAUAUUAUUGAAACGGAAAAGUACAGUGAAAAAAGAGGGGCUCAGAAGAGAACAUCUGAAAUUCAUUUGCAGGAUUAUAAACAACAGCCAAAAACUGAAGAAAAGGAAACAGAUGAGAUCCUUAAUAUAACACCCAGAGAAAAAACAUGUGAAUUAGAUGGGGAAUCUGUUGAAAAGAAAAAAAUUGAUAGCAAUCAAACGUUCGUGAAAAAAGAAAAUUUAGGUAAGCCAGAGAAAGAGCUUGGAGAAAAACACCUUAUUGAAACUGAUACCGUAAAUGUCGAAAGGAAUGAACAAGACCAACAGCUGUCUAAAACAUUAUUGCUUGAUGAAAUAAAUAACAAAAUAAAAAACAAUAAUAGGGUAGAACUAAAUACAAGUGAGAUAGAAGCUAUCGACGACGAAAAAAGUAGGGAUUUAAUCACAAAAGAGGAAAAAGCUGUAAAGCAUCCACGUGAUGUUCAAGAACAGCCAAAAAUCAUCGACAAUGACAAAAAUAAGGAUAUCAAGGAAACUAAAGAAAUAUGUGGGUUAAACAAAGCAAAUGAAAAUGAAAUAUUGAAACCAGACGAAUCUUAUACCAAUAUCGAUAUCGAUAUACCAAUUGGGCUAAUAGACGGAUGCACUAGUACAAAGAAACUCCAAAAAUCUAAGAAUGUUUUAACAGAAUAUCAAAUAGAUGAAAAACACACAUUAGGCGAGGAUUAUAGUUUACAUGGUCAGUCUGCAUAUUGUGCGGACGAAUUACAGAGUACUUCUCAAGAAAGAAAUGCUAUAAACAGUGAUGAUAUUCAAGAAAGUAAUUUAAUAAGCAGAAACGAAAUUAACCUGGAUUCUAAAGUGAGCAAACAUAAAGAAAUUAGGCAACGUCCUUUAUUUAUUGACCGCAGCCAACCGGAUUACGGACAAGACUUUGCAAGACCUCCUGGUUAUACUACUAAGUUAUUUGAUAAUGACAACUCACCAUUGGAAAUCAAGACAACUAGUAAAAGCCCCACUAUAUAUAGAGCCCAAACCCUUGUUCAAGAGUCGCAGCUUAAAUCUUCUUUGCCACCUUACAUUGACCAACGCUCGAAUAUUUCAGAGGGGCGUUCUGAGCAUAAACAAAGAUCAAACACCACAAGCGACUCGAAAAGUACAAUAUCGGAAAAACGUGGUAGUUACUCCAGAGAUUUUAAAAGGAAACCAGUUUUUUCAACAUAUUUAACAGAUCGCACGGCAGUAGAAAGUUCCCGCGUGAAACUUACGUGCAGUGUUUUAUCAGUAACAGACCCUAAAAUUACUUGGUAUAAAAAUGGUACUUUAUUAGAUAAUAAGCACAAUAAAUGUAGAACCAAGUGUGUGGAUGGCUUAAUAACUUUAGAAAUCCUUAAUGCGGUUCCGAGUGAUUCUGGCGAAUACAGUUGCACUGUAGAGAAUGAAAAUGGAUCUGUCACAUCAUCCGCUAAUUUAAAAGUGUAUCCAGGUUUCGAAGCUUCCCCGAUACCGCCAACAUUCACACGCUCUAUUCGUGAUACUUAUCACUUACAUGAAAAUGAAUUAGUGCUUGAAUGCCGAAUUCGAGGACAACCCUUACCAACAAUAACUUGGCUUAAGGAUAACCGACCUAUUUUAAUGAACGAGCGAUAUCAGGCACACUAUUUAGCUGACGGUGUUUGUAGACUAACCAUUCAAUCUCCUAAUGAAGAUGAUUCUGGGAAAUAUACGUGCAAAGCUGAAAAUUCUAUGUGGUCAGAUCAAAUUACGCAUGAGGUUUACUUCACUAAUAAGGAACGUCGUCACAUUAAAAAUAUCGCUAGCUCUGAAUAUGUACGUUUAAAUCGUCAAGCUACUGAGUCAAGGCGUCCUCAUUUCACAAAUGUUUUAUCUGAUCACAAAGUAGUUAGUGGUGGUACUAUAGGAUUGCAAGUAGAAAUAAGUGGUUCACCCACUAGAGUAGAAUGGUUGCGUGAAGGCCAGUCGGUAACAGAGACCUACAGAAAUGCACAGACAUACAUUGACCGUGGUUUAUACACAUUAGCUCUGUCCGAUGUAACAGAAAAAGAAUCGGGCUUAUAUACUUGUAGAGCUUGGAGUACUCAUGGUACUGUAGAUAUGAACGCUUCAAUAACAGUGGUUCAACCAAAUCAAUUUGAAGGAAAGCCAGCCACAAUAAUAAGUCGACCAGUAAAAGAUUUACUAAUAUCUGUUGGUGAAGAUUUAAAUAUUUCCUUUAGGGUACAAGGAGAGCCGAAGCCAAAAGUUUUCCUUAUGAAAGGAAUCAGAGAUAUUACUAACAGUCAACGAGUAUGUAAAAUGACUUCUGACGAUUACGUAAAAUUUACAUUAAAGAGAUCCGUAAUCGCCGACGCUGGAACUUAUUGUGUCUUUGCGAGAAAUGCCUAUGGUUGUGACAGAGCUUUUGUAACAGUAGUGAUUCGACAACGUGCUUCUUCUGACCAUCUUAUAUCUGACUGGACAUACCCAAUGGAUGAUUUAGCUAUUUCAGUCGUUGACCGAAAUUAUCAAUCUGUGCCCGAUAGGAUCCCAAGUGAGCCAACUACUGUGGAUGGUGGAAACAACUGGGUUUCACUUGCGUGGCCUAAACCAGUAUCUCAAGUGAAAGCCCCUAUUCUAGCGUACAAAGUGGAGAAUUGGUUACUUGGAAAAGAAGGAGGCGCUCGAUGGGUUGAAUUAGGAAUUACACCUAGAAAUUGCUUUGAUGCUUUUAACUUAAAACAAGGCGAAGAAUACCAUUUUAGAGUCACCCCAAGAAACCGUUAUGGCUGGGGAGAAUCUGUUCAAACAUCAAUUCCUAUUCGUAUUGGACUAGUCGGUGAUAGGCCAGAGUUUAUAGAAAUUCUUCCAGGCCAGUUAAAAGUACUGGUUGGCGAAACAGCAACUUUAUGUUGCAGUUUUAAAGGCAACCCUAUGCCGGAAAUUGUAUGGAUGAAGAAUGGUCAUGAAGUGGAAGAAGAAACAGAAAGAGUUGUGGUACAAUUAAAUGGUAACAAUACUUCCCUACAAAUAAAUGACAUAAAUAUAGAAGAUGAGGGCAGAUAUAGUUGUGAAGCUACCAAUAUUCAUGGUCGUUCUUCUACAUAUUCGAGAAUGGCAGUAAUAACGGACAGACAAAUCUGGGCAGCCGAUGCUAAACUUAAAAGAGAAAGAUCAGCAGGGGCCAAUGGAGAAUAUCCUCCACAAUUUACAAUGCGCUUAAGGGACCGUCGUGUGCAAGCCACAUACCCCGUACGACUUACAUGCCAGGUUAUUGGAAGUCCAUCCCCAAUAGUAACUUGGUUCAAAGACGGAGAAGAAGUAUCAGUAGACAGUCGCCGUACAACAUCUCAAGAUGAAUAUUUUUACACAUUGGAAAUUGCGCCCACUACUUUGGACGAUGGGGGUGUUUAUGAAGCUAUGGCAAGAAAUGGAUGUGGAGCAAUCAGUUGUCGAUGCAAUCUCGUGGUUGAUAAAGGCAUCAGAGCAUAUAUCGCACCCGAAUUUUGUUGUGGUUUUGACCCACUAUAUCGCGUAUGUGAAGGCGACGAACUUAGAAUUUCAGCAGUCGUUGAAGCAUACCCAUCUGUUGGCGUAACCUGGUAUCGAGAUGGCGUCAGAUUAAGGACAAGUCGUCGAGCCGUUAUGACUUUAGAUCGUGAUGGGCAGAUUGAAUUAGCUCUUGCCUCUGUCGCUGCACGUGAUGCUGGCAUCUAUACAUGUACUGCAUCUAACGAAGUAGGAAGAGCUUCUACCUCUUGUAAAGUGGAAGUCGUACAAGGAGAACAAACAAGUGAAACUCCUAAAGUGCCACCAAUUGUUGUUAGCCCAGAUUUGCCAUACUCAAAGGAGCCAAUGUUCAUAAAAAAACCACGGUCCAGUGAGGCACAUGAAGGAGACACUGUUAUAAUUGAAUGUGAAGUGAUAGGCGAUCCUAAACCUGAAGUUUAUUGGCUAAGAGAUUUUCUUAAGCCCGAUUACUACCGAGACUCGAGUCAUUUCAAGCGGGUUGGUGCAGGACCUGCAUACCGGUUUGAAAUUCCUCAUGCAAAGUUUGACUACACCGGUGCUUACUCUAUAGUAGCUAAGAAUAUACACGGUGAAGCAAAGGCGAUUAUAUCAUUGCAAAUAUUGGUUAAAGAUUCAACGUGCAGCGAUGAUACCCAUAAUAUUCGAUACGGACGUGUAGAGGUAAUCCCACGUUUCGACAAAGAGCUCACAGACUUGCUGUGUUAUGACGGUGAUGCUAUAGAAUUCGAGUGUCGAGUAUCUGGAAAUCCUGAACCAGAUAUUAGAUGGAUCCAUUAUACUGAGGUGCUUCCGGAGUGCCCAGACUUUGAAACGUCUUACGAUCUCGGCACAGCGCGACUCAAAAUAAAGCAAGUAACCGCUGAAGAUGAAGGCACCUACACUUGCGAAGCUUCUAAUAGUUUGGGAAAAGCAACUUCAAGUGCUUGUUUAGUUAUAUACCCUCCCGGCGAACCAAACACGCUAAGCCAAAGGCUACGCCGGCCGCCCGCGCUCCUGUCGGCCUCUUCGACACCGCGCUCCACACCGCGCACCACUCCUGCCAGGUCCCUCUCCAGGACACCAGGUCCGGACCUCAGGCGUCUUUGCAGUCCAUCGCGCGAAAUCGCGCCAAAAUUCUACACUUAUCCAUACAACAGAGUAGUUGAAGAAGGCGACACGGUAGUGUUCCAGUGUGCAGUGAGAGGCCUUCCACCGCCUUGGGCCACAUGGGACAAGGAUGGAAUUAUAAUAACUCCGACAGCAAGAAUCAGCAUAAGAGAAAAGGAAGACAUGUUUAGAAUAUUAGAAAUUGAGCAAGUCACUAUAGAAGAUGUGGGGCUUUAUAGAGUCACGUUGGAGAAUGACUACGGUAGAGCAGAAGCUUCAGCUAGGCUGGAAGUUAUAUCUCAAACAGGAAAGUUUUACGGCAGUAGAUCCUACAGUGUUUCUCCGAGAAAAUGUCUUCCCUACAGAAGAAGAACGCCUUCUUUGACUAGACAAGACUGAUAAGUAAAUCCAGAUUGAAAUAAUUUUAUAUCGUA